UACAGUUUUGAGUUUCUAAUCUUAUAUACAGUUUUGAGUUUGUUUAGAAGUCACAAUUAACACAGCUUCCAACAAUGGCAGUCAAUCUCUAUUGCUUCGGCCCAUUCAUAAGCGUGCUCAGAAAACUGUUUGGAUCUCCUGAAGAGGAGACAAUCACAGGCUUUGCUGUUCUCCAAAAGAAAAAUGUCUUAGAUCUGCUCCAAAAUAAUGUCUCUCUACAGCUUAUCAGCACCACUUCUAUGGAUUCAAGCAAUGGAAGUGGAAAACUUGGGGAGGCAGCAUUUAUACAGAAAUGUAAAUCUUCUGGGGAACACAAAGUCAGUGGGGAGAGCAGAUACCGGAUUGAUUUUAAGUGGGACUUCAGCUUUGGAACUCCUGGAGCCUUCCUCAUAAGGAAUUUGCAUCACCACGAGUUUUUUCUCAAGUCUUUGAAGAUUGAAAUUCCUGAACAGGGAAUUGUCCAUUUCGUCUGCAACUCUUGGGUUUACCCUGUCAGUAAAUACAAGACAGAUCGAAUUUUCUUCUCAAAUAAGAGCUAUCUACCGGCUUAUACACCUCUGGCCCUGGUGGAGCUCAGAAAGAAAGAACUUGAAAGCUUAAGAGGAGAUGGAACAGGAAAGAGGGAAGAAUGGGAUAGAGUUUAUGAUUAUGAUGUUUAUAAUGAUCUUGGGGAUCCAGACGAGGGCAAGGACAAGAAGUACAAACACCCAGUAUUGGGAGGAUAUACAGAAUUCCCAUACCCUCGAAGGGGGAGAACCGGUCGUCAUCACAAUAAAAAUGAUCCUACUAGGGAAAGCAGAUUAUGUUUACUAAACCUGAACAUAUAUGUCCCUCGAGAUGAACGGUUUGGGCCGCUCAAAAUGGGUGAUCUGUUAACCAAUGGACUAAAGAGUAUAGUCCAGUUUGCAGUGCCUCAAUUCAAGGCACUGUUUGACCACACUAGUGAUUUCCUCUCAUUUGAAGAUGUUAAGAAGCUGUACAACGAGUCUGCAAACAAUGGCAUUUCUCUGGAGCCACAGAAUGGCGAGAGUUUGCUCAAGUAUCCUAAGCCACAGGUCAUAGCUGCUGACGAUUUCGCAUGGAGAAAUGAUGGAGAAUUUGCUCGGCAGAUGCUCUCUGGUGUCAACCCAGUGCAUAUCAGGCGUCUCCAAAAUUUUCCCCCAAGAAGCGAAUUGGACUCUGGAUUAUAUGGCCCACAAGAAAGCUCUAUCACUGCUGCAGAUAUAGAAACAAAUCUUGAUGGUCUUACAGUGGAGAAGGCUAUUGAAGAAAGCAAACUGUUCAUUUUGGAUCAUCACGACACCUUCAUGCCAUAUCUCGACAGUAUAAAUGAUCUGUCCUCAAAGGUCUAUGCUUCUCGCACAAUUCUGUUCCUCUGCAAGGAUGACACCUUGAAGCCAGUUGCCAUAGAACUAAGUCUGCCGUCAGGGAAGAGAAGGGUGUUUACUCCUGCAGAAGAAGAGGUCUCUAGAGCACUCUGGCUGCUCGCUAAAGCACACGUCACAGUUAACGAUUCUGGACAUCACGAAUUGAUUAGCCACUGGCUGAGGACACACGCAGUCAUGGAACCAUUUGUAAUUGCCACAAACAGACACCUUAGCAUCCUUCAUCCCCUUCAUAAGCUGCUAAGCCCUCAUUUCCGUGAUACAAUGAACAUCAAUGCUCUGGCUCGCCAUAUUCUCAUUAAUGCGGGAGGAUUAAUUGAAAAAACGGUGUUUCCACAUGAGUAUUCCAUGGAAAUAUCUGCUGUAGUUUACAAAAACUGGAGAUUUGACGAAGAAGGCUUACCUGUUGAUCUUCUCAAAAGGGGAAUGGCAGUGGAGGAUGAAUCCAUGCCCCAUGGGCUGAGGCUUAUGAUCCAAGACUAUCCUUAUGCUGUGGAUGGAUUGGAUAUAUGGUCUGCAAUACAGUCAUGGGUUCAGAAAUAUGUGUCCAUCUACUACAACGAUGAACUUGUAAGACGUGACACAGAGCUUCAGGCAUGGUGGCAUGAAAUACGAAAUGUUGGUCAUGCAGACAAAAAGGAGGAGACAUGGUGGUACAAGAUGGAAACUGUAGCAGAGCUUGAAAAAACAUUAACAACAAUCAUAUGGCUGGCUUCAGCUCUUCACGCAGCAACCAAUUUUGGGCAGUAUGCUUACUCUGGGUACAUGCCCAAUAGGCCUGCUAUCAGCAGAAGGUUUAUCCCCGAGGAAGGAUCGCAAGAGUUUUUAGAGCUUGCUAAGAAUCCAGAAGUGUUUUUCUUGAAAACUGUCUCCAGUCACUUUCAAACUACUGCGGGCAUUGGGCUGAUAGAGAUGUUGUCUAGACAUUCCAGAGACGAAGUGUACCUGGGGCAGAGAGAAACAGAAGAUUGGAUUGAUGAUGAGCGCGUAAUGGAGGCUUUUGAGAGCUUUAGUAAGGAGUUGAAAGAAAUAGAGGAGAAGAUAAACGAGAGGAAUGCAGAUGUAAGAUUGAAGAAUAGGUCAGGGCCUGCAAAGGUGCCAUAUACAUUGCUGUAUCCAAGCACUUCGGAUUUUAGCAGGAAAGGGGGAUUAACUGGCCGAGGAAUUCCAAAUAGCGUCUCGAUUUAACAGACCACCUCUUUUCAGAAUAAAUGCAUUUUAUUGCAUUGAUUAGGCUUAUUAACAAUUUCUUCUGCAUUUCACUUUCUGCAAACAAUGUUAGCAGUGUUUCAAUUUAUAAUGCGAAACAGCUUAUGUCAUUUCAACCUUACCGACCUCUUCUGCAAAUACUGAAA